ACUUGGUGCAGAUGAGGCACCAGUGGAGGGUUUUUGGGUCAUUUGGAACUUGUUGUAACAUGGAAUUUUUUUUCUUGGAUGGCCACGUGUAUUCCUUGGCCUUCGUACUCCAUUGCACUUAGCCCUACUAUCAGUUCGAGUGAUGGGCUGUGGUGUCGUCAUCGAAGGAAUAUGGUCACAAGGGUUGAUUGAAGGCAUGGAUGAAGAUACAUUUGAAUUCCCAAUGUCAAAGCCAUCUUCAAAAAUGUUAUAUGCUAGCCAUACAAGCUUUGAUUUUAGUGAAAGCAAGACCACACAAUGCAUGCCAAAUUUUCUUCAGUCAAAUUGCCCACUGCAUGCUGGCUGGCAAUUGGUGGCAGUAAUACCCCCAUUUGGAAGCACUUUUCAGUUUGGACUUUUGCUGGGAUAUUUGUGGUCCUGGGCUAUCUGGAUAAAAGUGAUGGCUUCACAAAAUGAGUUCAUCAUGCUGUGUUAUGGGCUUGGUGCUUUUUAAUCUUUUCUAAAUUGUCUUUUAUUGGAAUAGAUGAGAUACUUUUGGUUAUUGGGGACAUUCUUACAGACCAGGUCUGCAUUAUUCUGCAAAGAGCAAUUGAGGUGAAUCUUCAAGAUGUCGGCAUCCCAUUAAGCAUGCCAUUGUGUGUGCCCUUGAAGCCAUGUGUACCAAAUGCCAUUUUGGAAUGCGAGGCAGAUUGUUAUAAUAUUCAAGAUAUAUAUAUAUAUAUAUAUAUAUAUAUAUAUAUGACAUUGUUCAAUGAAUGAAGGAAUAAUGUAGCUGUUUCAUUGAUCUUUUGAUUGUUUCUCAACUUGAAUCUUUGCUACUUUCAAAAAAGAUAAUAAAAAAUAAAAAAUAAAAAAUGCCAGAGGAAUUUCUGUGGAUGAUUUUUUUGGGUUUUUGCACCAGAAAUGUACAGUGUAAUAGGGAGUUAGUCCUUGCAACAUUUUGUGUUUAAAACAAUGCUGGAGGUUCACAUGACAACCAAUUUGUAGCUCUAUCAUAUAUUAUAAUACAGAAGUGAUACAUUUAUUUGGGUACCUGAAAUUGUACAUGAAAUCAAAGUUGAAAACCUAAUAUCAAAAAGUUAGCAUUUGAUCCCACAAGUCAAUUGUAAAA